AUGAUACGGAAUAAUGAGUUGAAUUGCAAACACAACGAUUUAUUUUCCUAUGAGGAUCCUGAAUUAUGCGAGGAGGAAAAUUUGUUUGAGUCUAACCAGGCUCCGUGGUUUUAUCACCUGACACACUUGCUAGAAUUGAGAAAGGAUGACUUCAAAAAUAUAAAAAGCAUCGUGGAAAAUGAGAAAAAGAGAGGAAUCGAGUACAGUCAUAUAUUAGACAUCAUAGACUACAAAACGUACAGUGAUAUUAUGCGAAAAAUAAAUUCCAACAUGAAGAACGCCUUAUCUGUUUACUUAUUUUCAUGUAAAUAUUUUUUAAGUAAAUACUCCAAAAACACGGAGUCCAAUGGGCAUGUGCAUUUUGUGUUUGUGUUUGGGAACAUAACGGCAGAUAUGGAUUCCGUUUGUUCUUCCAUCAUAUAUAGUUUUUUUUUGCAUAUAUGGUAUUCCUUAAAAAGCAAAACUGCCAAGGACAAAAAUUCAGAUGAGCUGAAAUUUUUUAUCCCCGUAAUUAACAUUAAGAAGAGUGACAUGAAGCUUAAAAUUUUGAUCAAUUGGUGGUUAGAAAAAUGUGAGAUAAACGACCCGGAGGAAAUUCUAGUUUUUAAUGAUGACAAGAAUUUGCUAGAAGUUCUAAAAAACGACAACAAGUACGAUAUAUGCUUCGUUGACUUUAAUGACUUCGAGCCGAAUAACAUUUACAACAUAAACAACGUGAAAUCCAUAAUUGAUCACCAUAUGCUUAAGGAAGAGGCGAAAAAUAAAAGAAUAACAAAAUCGAUUUACCCCAUAUAUGUGUGCAGCUGCAUGGUUAUCAUAGCCUAUUUGUAUAAGCAUUCGAGCGAAUUUCUUGGGAUACCGUUCAUUAACAAAAAUAUGAUGUGGCUGAUAUAUGGGACUAUACUAAGGGGUUAUUUAAAAAAAUCGCAAAAUAUUCUAACAAUUUCCCAAAAGGGGAUUUUGGAAAACGAUGGAUACAACCGUAAUUUAUAA